AUGGACUGCAUAUCAGGAGCCAACGACAUUUUUGCCUCACUCGAAGAAGCCUUCUCCAACGCUGUGGAGGACGGUGUCUUUCCCGGUGCUGUGCUUGCAGCCACAAAUGGGAACGGAAGCCUUCAUUACGCCAGGGCCUUCGGGCACAAGACUGCCGACGGAACCCAAAGUCCACUCACGGCGAAUUCGGUUAUGGCGAUUGCAUCCAUGACAAAGCUUCUCACGUCCAUUGCCGCCCUCCAGUUGGUCGAGCGUCAAAUCGUGGAUCUGGACCAGGAUGUCUCCUACAUGAUCCCCAGCUUGGCUGCCCAGCAGGUUUUCACAGGGUGGAGUACCUCCGGGCAGUACAUUGCGCACGACCGAAAGAACGCCAUAACUCUUCGCCAUCUUCUCACCCACAGCAGCGGUGCGGGUUAUGACAUGAGCAAUGCGGACCUGGCAAAGAUAACAUCGUCUCUUGGGAGGAAGGUCAACGUCGGUGCUACUGUCAACGACAGAUUUGGGUACCCUCUGCUGUUUGAGCCUGGCUCCAGCUGGGAAUAUGGGACCAGCCUUGAUUGGGUUGGUCAGCUGAUAGAGCAUCUCACGGGCCAAGAUUUGGAAAGCUACAUGCAGGAGAACAUCUGGGUCCCUCUUUCAAUCCAAAAGAUGACAUUCUGGCCGUCUCGACGCGUCGAGAUGGCUGCUGAGUGUGUGCAGAUGACCCGACGAGACGAAUCUUCGGGGCGUGUUGUUCCGUUGGGAACGCCUUUUUUAACUGAAGGAGUGGCAGAGUGCUUUGGUGGUCAGGGGGUGCACGCUACGAUGGAUGAUUUUAUGAAGGUCUUGCGUUCCAUCCUGGUAGACGAUGGCAAGCUUCUUGCCAAGGGAACAUCUGCCACUAUGUUCCAGCCGCAGCUUGGCGAUGACAGCAGACAGUCACUACACGACUAUAUCGGUACACAUGAUGCGGAACCGGCUUUCAUUGGGAUGCCGGACAAUACCGGGGUCUACGAUUGGGGGCUUGGUGGAAUGUUGGCCAUGAACGACGAGCCAUCAGGAUGGAAGAAGAAUACCUUGUUCUGGAGUGGAAAGCCAAACUUGUUCUGGUUUAUUGAUCAAACCUCUGAUUUGUGUGGUGUGUUUGGAACGCAGGUGCUUCCGCCUGGUGACAAGCCAGUGGGAAAUAUGAUACAGCUAUUCAAGAAGUCAUUGUACAAGAUCGCUGCUAGCUCCAAAUAG